ACUCCCGGAAGGGGGCAGGGCCUCACAGGGGGCGGGGCUGCACUGCGGGUGGUUGCGGGAGGAGGCUGAGGUGGUGCUGUGCUGGACUCCGCUGCUGGUCCCAGUCAGAAGGAGCGGAGGUGGUGGCUGCUGCAGAGGCAGGAGCUCUGCGGGGGCUCCCGCGCCUGCGGGUCGCCGGGUCUGGGGGCCGGCGGCGAUCGGGGUUCAUGGCGGCGUCCGCGGCUCUGUCGGCGGCGGCGGCGGCAGCGGCGGCGGCCCUGUCGGGCCUGGCGGUGCGACUGUCGCGCUCGGCGGCGGUGCGCGGCUCCUAUGGCGCCUUCUGCAAAGGACUCACGCGCACGCUGCUCACCUUCUUCGACCUGGCCUGGCGGCUGCGCUCCAACUUCCCCUACUUCUACGUGGUGGCCUCGGUGAUGCUCAACGUGCGUCUGCAGGUGCGGAUCGAGUGAGCGCCGCGACGGUGGCGCUGCCGGUGGCGGUGGCUGCGGCGGCCGGGCCGGCGGGAGGGAGACUCGCCUGCCCCACCGCAAAGGGCCGGGAUGCUGCAGGAAGGACGGCGGGGCCGCCCUGGACACCAGUAAGCGGCAGGAGGCGGCACAGCCUGAGGCCUUUGCCCUGGACCUCCCCGGUGGAGCGACGGCUACGCAGCAGCUUUAACACCCGGGCUCGGACUCCACCCGCGCCGCCUGCAGGAACCCACGCAAAGACUCCUUGCUGGUGGGCUCGCGAACAUUGUUCGGGUCCAACUGACUUGUUGCCUCACAGCGGCCGAAGGAGGUAACCGGGAAGGACGAGUUCUGCAGCAGCUUAAUUUUCCAGGCCCUGCACUGAAAGACCCUGGUCCUUAUGGAUGGUUUCCUGCUUCUUUGGACUUAUCAAGAGUGGCAUUCUGGUUUAGCAGCUUCCUGGGAAGCAGCAGAGUGAAGGACCUGCCCAGGAGAGGCCUUCCUGACAGUGAACCCACAGGGGCCAGGCACAGAGGAGUGGGGUGCACUGGGCCAGGAAAUCUCCUAUCAACACUAUGAGGGAGGUAUAUUCUCCCACCUAAUGAGCCAAAGUGGGCUCCCGGAAGGGGCUGGGAUUGGAUCUUGUCACAGACAGGAGGAGGUGGAAGGUGAGCUGGCCCCUGCACUGGAACUUGCCUAGGCCUUCUGCAGGCUUCUCCCAGACCAGACAGUGAAGGGAAGAAGGGAAGGGAGCACAGAGCUCCAGGGCACUGAGAGAAAGAGGUGCAGGGUUAGGGAAUCUGGGGAUCUGGCUUUCCUUGAAGAGCGAUCAGGGGUCACCGGAAAUACAGAACAGCAAACUGAAGUAGACAAGAGGUGGUACUUGUCCCAGGACUUAGUGGGGAGCCAAGUCCUCCCCACGGAACCUACCUUCCCUCUCUAUCUGAGCUUGUCCAGAAGCACCUUUGCAGUUGUGUGACACAAGCCUCCUAGUUUGGUGGUAGAGUGUGAAUCAUGGUGGCCACGUGCCUCUGGGGACUUGAGGUGACCAGAAGGUGAAGAGAUAAACCUGGCUCAGAUAGGGCUGAAACCCAUGGCAUGACUCCAUCUCUGGCCCCAGACUUAAACCCCCAUCCCUAGGAUCACACUGUAUAAAUCACAUCCCCAUGGAUGAGAUUGGCCUGGAGAGGAACUGGGGUCCCAGAGCAGCCAGGUGCUGCGAGAGGAGACUGAAUUGUCCAGGAGCACCAAGGAGCACCCUUUCUGAGGCCCACACACUCCUCAGUUCCUGGCAUUGAAACCUGCAGCAGUCUGGCUGCCCCAGGGACAGAGUGGCCCAGCUUCCUUCCAACUCCCCUCAGCUUCCCAUUGGAGCCUACGUCCUGGAUGAAGACCUUGGUUUGCCUCACCCUAAAUACAAAAACUGGAAGGUAGCAGUCACUUGCUCCCUGAGGUUUGCCAUAGCCUGGACCUGAUGACUUUCUUCCCUGUGCCACAUCUCCCCAGGUCCUGUUGCAACAGAUCCUGUUGUUCUCUCUCCUUUCCCCUCUCCUGUCUCCCCAGAACCCCCUGUGGUGAUCUUUCAGCCUCUGUCCCCCAGGCACAGGUGCUCUCUGGGAGCCACAUGUGAGAGGCAGGAGCCACACACUGACUGGAGAAGGAAAAAGCAGGAGCUGGGGCCUGCUAGAGUCUGCUACCCAGAUGUGGCCUUUUCCAAAGCUGGACCCACCCUGAGUGACAGGAGUUCCAGCUCUAGCCUCUUCUUGGGCCAACCUGAAGGAAAAAGGAGGUGCCGUCCCUGAGCGUUCACAUUUGGGUGUGUGCAUGUGGAUAUGUGUGCACAUGGGAGCACAUGUGUGUGCACAUGGGAGCAGUGUGGGCAUGCAGAUGCUUUUGAGAGAGGGGAGCUGAUGAGCAGGAGUAGCCACUUCAGGUUCCCAGCACCCCCUGUGCCAGAGGCUGGCCUGGGCCUUAGAGGCAGGAAGUGGCAUGCAGCUUCCAGACCCCACCCUCAGCGGCCAAUGCUGGAGGCUCCACACCUGCCCAGAGCCCUACCGUGGCCUCUGGCUGGCUGUGUCCAAAGAGGUCCUCAAGGAGAGGUCAGGGAGCAGGCUUCAGCCUUGUGUUCCUGGCACUGGCCUGGCCUUGAGUAGUCAGCAAACUGCUUCUCAGCCUCCCCUCUGGCUCUGCUUUCUCUCCCCGUGGGCCCCUUGCUGUGUGAUGGGGCCUCGAUGCACUUUAUUUAUUUGCAGUCUGUUCCAGGCGAUACAACUUCUACAGAUGUAGACACGGCCUUGAUGACUCCAUUACUGUGUGAUUAAUUCUGCACUGGCCACCACUGCCUUUCAGAAACCUUGUCUUAUUUCUGGUGUUGUCACAUCUUGUCUCCCCAACUGAAAAAAAAAAGUCCUUGAGUUCAAUACACUGCAA